AUGUCGGACUCAGCGUCCAGUUUCCUGCACAUCGGGGAUCUGGUGUCUCUGUACGCCGAGGGCACCGUCAAUGGCUUCAUCAGCACCCUGGGGUUGGUAGAUGAUCGCUGUGUGGUGGAACCAGCUGCUGGAGAUCUGGAGAACCCUCCCAAGAAGUUCAGAGACUGUCUCUUCAAGGUUUGCCCAAUGAGUCGCUACUCUGCCCAGAAGCAGUUCUGGAAAGCCAAACAGGCCAAACAUGAGAAAGACAAGAUUGGUGACGUGGUUCUGCUGCAAAAACUUCAGCAUGCAUCCAAUUUGGAACAGAAGCAGAAUGAGACUGAGAACAAGAAGGUUCAUGGAGAUGUGGUCAAGUAUGGAACUGUCAUACAGCUUCUGCAUAUGAAGAGCAACAAGUUUCUGACAGUAAACAAGCGUCUGCCGGCGCUUCUAGAGAAGAAUGCCAUGCGCGUCACGCUGGACGGGACCGGCAAUGAAGGCUCCUGGCUUUUCAUACAGCCUUUCUGGAAACUGCGCGCCAAUGGAGACAAUGUGGUGGUGGGAGACAAAGUGAUCUUGAACCCGGUCAAUGCCGGCCAGCCGCUUCACGCAUCCAACUACGAGCUGAGCGACCACCCGGGCUGUAAAGAGGUAAACUCUGUCAACUGCAACACCAGCUGGAAGAUCAACUUGUUCAUGAUGUUCAGUGACCACCGGGAUGAAGUACUGAAAGGCGGCGAUGUCGUGCGUUUGUUUCAUGCUGAGCAGGAAAAGUUUCUGACGUGCGAUGAGUACAAGAGCAAAAUUCACGUUUUCCUGCGCACAACCUUGAGACAGUCGGCCACAUCCGCGACCAGCUCCAAUGCACUGUGGGAAGUUGAGGUUGUCCAUCAUGACCCGUGUCGUGGAGGGGCGGGACACUGGAACAGCUUAUACCGCUUCAAACAUCUUGCCACUGGAAACUACCUGGCAGCAGAGGAGAAUCCUGGUUACCGAGGUGAUAGUGCAGAGAUGUCUUCCAUGACAGAAGGCAAUCGCGGCAGCAAGCGCUCACACGGCGAGAGGAUCAAGUACAAGCUGGUGGCCAUGACACAUGGCAAUGACAUUGCUUCGCUCUUUGAACUGGACCCAACCACGCUACAGAAGACCGACUCCUUUGUACCGCGGAACUCGUAUGUUCGCCUGAGGCACCUGUGCACCAACACUUGGAUCCAGAGCACCAACGUCCCUAUCGAUGUUGAUGAGGAGAGACCCAUCAGACUCAUGUUAGGAACAUGUCCCACUAAAGAGGACAAGGAAGCUUUCGCUAUCGUUUCGGUUCCCGUGAUGGAGAUUCGGGAUCUAGACUUUGCCAACGACGCCAGCGCCAUGUUGAGCACAGUAGUGGACCAGUUCAGUCAGGGUUUUAUCAGCCAGAACGACCGCCGCUUUGCCAUCAAACUGCUAGAGGACGUGGUCUUCUUCGUGGCAGACACCAUUAAUAGCGGCCAGCCAGUGUUGGAUGUCACUAUGACCACAGUUAACCGUGAGAGGCAGAAGCUGAUGAGGGAGCAAAACAUUCUUAAGCAGAUCUUUGGCAUUCUCAAGGUCCCUUUCAAAGACCGCAAGGGAGAGGGGCCUCUGCUCCGUCUGGAGGAGCUAGCUGACCAGAAGAACUCCCCCUACCAGUACAUGUUCCGACUCUGCUACCGCGUACUUAGACAUUCUCAGGAGGACUACCGUAAGAAUCAGGAGCACAUCGCCAAGCAGUUUGGCCUAAUGCAGAGCCAGAUUGGUUAUGACAUUCUUGCGGAGGACACCAUUACCGCAUUACUGCACAACAACCGCAAGCUGCUUGAAAAGCACAUCACUAAAACCGAGGUGGAGACCUUCGUCAGCCUAGUCCGCAAGAACCGUGAGCCCCGGUUUCUGGACUACCUAUCAGACUUGUGCGUUUCCAACAACGUUGCCAUCCCUGUCACUCAGGAACUCAUUUGCAAGUGUGUGCUAGAGCCCAAAAACCAGGACAUUCUUAUCAAGACCGAGCGUAGGAUGCCCAAAGAAGUAGCGCCUAGUGAAAUCCCCACGCAGUAUAUGGGAAUGGACGACUACGUAGAUGAAGACGAGGUGUGGCUGGUAUGGUCUGACAAGACCAAUGAGAAGCAGGAAAAGAGCAUAAGACAGCUCGCUCAGGAGGCUCGACAAGGCAAUGCCCAUGACGAGAAUGUUCUUACCUAUUACAGGUACCAGCUGAAGCUUUUUGCAAGGAUGUGUUUGGAUCGUCAAUACCUGGCCAUCGACGAGAUCUCAAAGCAACUAGAUGUGGAGCUCAUCUUCCUGUGCAUGAUGGACGAGACGUUGCCCUUCGACCUGAGGGCGUCGUUCUGUCGCCUCAUGCUGCACGCCCACGUUGACCGAGACCCACAGGAACUAGUAACGCCUGUCAAGUUUGCUCGACUUUGGACUGAGAUCCCCACCUCCAUCACUAUCAAGGACUAUGACUCCAACAUGGAUGACAGCAGAGACAACAAGAAGAACCGCUUUGCCAACACCAUGGCCUUCAUGGAGGAGUAUCUCAAUAAUGUACUGAACGAGGAGCUGCCCUUUCACAAUAAGGAAAAGAACAAGCUGACCUAUGAGGUGGUGAGCUUAGCCCGACAUCUCAUCUACUUCGGCUUCUACAGCUUCUUUGAGCUGCUGCGCCUGACCAGAACGCUGCUAGGCAUCAUCGACUGCGGGCCUAACCCUUCGCAAGGUGCCGCGGUAUUCCAUGACGACGGAUCAGGGAAGAAUGUGAAACGCUCCAUCCAUGGCAUGGGCCAGAUGAUGACAACCAUGGUUCUCAGUAGGAAGCAGUCCUUAUUUGGUGGGCCGGGGGCCCGGGGGUCGGCACUUGAUGGACAGCGAGAGGCGAAAGACAGCAUUGACAAGAUGGACCUGACCGUCAUGGACACAAAGCUGAAGAUUUUGGAAAUCCUGCAGUUCAUCUUGAAUGUACGUCUGGACUAUCGUCUAUCCUUCCUGCUGUCCGUCUUCAAGAAGGAGUUUGUGGAUGUCUACCCGUUGGCCAAUGCAGAAUCCACCACCAGUAUGGAGCAUGCAGCCUCCAUCAAUUUACAGCACAUUGGAGAGCAGGCCGAAGCCAUGUUUGGAGUCGGGAAAGGGAACAGCAUUCUAGAGGUGGACGACGAAGGCGGCCGUAUGUUCCUGCGUGUCCUUAUCCACCUCACUAUGCACGAGUAUGCGCCGCUGGUCUCAGGAGCGCUGCAGCUGCUCUUCAGACACUUCAGCCAGAGGCAGGAAGUGCUGCACACCUUCAAGCAGGUCCAGCUACUCAUCUCGUCUCAGGAUGUGGAGAACUAUAAACUGAUCAAAUCGGACCUGGACCGUCUGAGGACAUUAGUAGAAAAGUCUGAGCUAUGGGUGGAAAAGAAAACCUCUGGAGGUGGAGAUGGCAAGAAGGACAAGAAAGAGAAGAAAGAGAAAGUGGAGGGCGCAGUGGAGGACAGCGCCCCCAAGAAGGAGAAAGGGGACAAGAACAACCAGAACUAUCAGAACGUCAAAGAGAUCUUGGAAAGGCUGAACAAGAUGUGCAGCAGUGGUGUGUGGAAGAAGCAGCAGAGGUUGCUAAAAAACAUGGGUGCUCAUAAAGUCAUGCUGGACUUGCUGCAAGUUUCCUACGACAAGAAUGACGUGAAGAUGCAAGAGAUAAUUAGACACACACACCUGUUCCUGCAGAAGUUUUGCACAGGCAACCAGGAGAACCAGGUUCUGCUGCACAAGAACCUCAGUUUGUUCCUCAAUCCAGGUCUGCUAGAGGCAGAGACUGUCCAACACAUCUUUAGCAACAACUACCAGCUAUGCACAGAGAUCUCUGAAAGUGUCCUGCAGCACUUCAUCCACUGUUUGGCCACGCAUGGACGUCACAUCCACUACCUCAACUUUCUACACACUAUCAUCAAGGCUGAGGGCAAGUACGUCAAGAAGUGCCAGGACAUGAUCAUGACCGAGUUGACCAAUGCCGGCGAGGAUGUAGUUGUCUUCUACAACGACAAGGAGUCCUUCAAUGUGAUGCUGGAGCUGAUGACUGAAAGCAGAGAGGGCAUUGGUGAAAACAGUCCGCUCAGGUACCACAUCUCAUUGGUGGAACUACUGGCGGCAUGCGCUGAGGGUAAGAACGUCUACACAGAGAUCAAGUGCACGUCAUUGCUGCCGCUGGAAGACGUCAUCCGUGUGGUUACGCACGAGGACUGCAUCACUGAGGUGAAAAUCGCCUACGUCAACUUUGUCAAUCACUGCUAUGUAGACACAGAAGUGGAGAUGAAGGAGAUCUACACAUCUAACCACAUUUGGAAGCUUUUUGAGGACUUUACAGUUGACAUGGCCCGAGUUUGCAACAAGCGGGACAAGCGUCUUUCUGAUCCUGUCUUGGAGAAGUACAUGGUCAAUGUGGUCUUUGACACGAUAAACGCCUUCUUUAGCUCACCCUUCUCCGAGAACAGCACCUCGCUGCAGAGUCAUCACACCAUCGUCACGCAGCUGCUGCAGUCAUCUGUGCGACUGCUGGACUGUCCCUGGUUGCAGCAGCAGCACCGAAGCCAAGUGGAGACCUGCAUCAAGACCCUUGCAGUGACAGCCAAGACUCGCUCCAUUGCGCUUCCUCUGGAUCUAGAGGCUCAGAUCAGUGCCAUGUUGUCCACCAGCGCUCUUAACUCGCUAUCACGGUCAAGCACCAGCUACAAAUCAUCAUCGCGCUCAAUACGUCCAGUCCAACCCCUCAACCCCUGGGACUAUAAGAAUAUCAUUGAGAAACUGCAGGACGUCAUCAAUACGUUGGAGGAGCGCCUCAAACCGCUUGUCAACGCUGAGCUGUCUGUCUUGGUUGAUGUUCUCCACCAGCCAGAGCUUCUCUUUCUGGAGGGAACAGACGCACGCCAGCGUUGCGAGUCUGGUGGAUUCAUCUCCAAGCUGAUCCAGCACACAAAGGCUCUGAUGUCCACCGAGGAGAAGUUGUGCAUCAAAGUUCUGAGAACACUGCAGGAAAUGUUGAUCAGAACACUGGACUUUGAAGAAAAGGGAAUUUUACUGCGGAAGGUUUUGCUGCAAAACUACUUGUUUCCAAACAAGAAAAACAACCCAAAGAAUGAACUGGCAGAACUCGGGGCGGCAGGCGGUGAGCAAGAGCGCGAUUGGGCGUCGGUGGCGUCGGUCCAGUGUCGUCUGGACCGAGAAGGCGGCAGCCAACUUUUCAUAGACCUGGUGAUGAGCACCAAGAAUGACAAGAUCUUCCAAGAGAGUAUCCAAUUGGCCAUCAGUCUGCUGGAAGGGGGAAACACAGAGAUACAGAACUCCUUCUACAAGCUGAUGAUGGGGGACAAUAACUCCGAGAAGUUCUUUAAAGUUCUUCACGACAGGAUGAAAGAGGCACAAAUGGACAUCAAAGCAACAGUUUCAGUUAAUGUUGGAGAGAUGACACACAAAGCCAAUGAGAAGGAGCUGGAUAAUGGGUCAUCUUCAACACUUGGACUUUCUACCACCGACGGAAAUUCUCUCUUGGGGCAGAGCCAAGGUGGUGCCUCUUCCUCCCCACAGGCUCAGUCAGCAGAGGAGCAAAAGGAGCUGGAGACAGAGAUGGGCCCAGCCGUCCUCAUUAUGAAGCCCAUCCUGAGGUUCCUGCAGCUUCUCUGUGAGAACCACAACCAGGAUCUCCAAAACUUUCUGCGGUGCCAGAACAACAAGACCAACUACAACUUAGUGUGUGAGACAUUGCAGUUCUUGGACAUCAUGUGUGGAAGCACCACAGGCGGCCUGGGCUUGCUUGGCCUCUACAUCAAUGAGUCAAACGUUGACCUCAUUACGCAGACCCUGGAGACACUCACAGAGUACUGUCAAGGCCCUUGUCAGGAGAACCAGACCUGCAUCGUGACCCAUGAAUGCAACGGCAUCGACAUCAUCACGGCGCUCAUCCUCAACGACAUCAGCCCACUCUGUCGAUACAGGAUGGAGAUGGUGCUGCAGCUCAAGGACAAUGCCUCCAAGCUGUUGCUUGCGCUCAUGGAAAGUCGCCAUGACAGUGAGAACGCAGAGAGGAUAUUGUUCAACCUCCGCCCCCGAGAACUGGUGGACGUGAUUAAGAAGGCCUACCAUCAGGAGAGUGAGUGCGAGGGUGGGGAGGUGUCACCACGAGAGGUUGGGCACAACAUCUACAUACUGGCACUGCAGCUGGCCAGGCACAACAAGGUGUUGCAGAACAUUCUUAAGCCUCCAAAGAAAAGCAAGGAGGGCGAAGAAGGCAUCUCCUCCAUGUUAAACUUGAACAAUCGUCCACUGUCGCAAAUGUUAAAGUCUUCAAUACCGACGGCUGUUGUGGAACAAGACCCACUGGAGUACUAUGACCAGCUCACUGCUCAAAUUGAGAUCGUGCGUGACGAUCGUAGCAUGGAGCAGAUUGUGUUUCCCGUGCAUCCCAUCUGUGAGUUCCUGACAGAGGAGUCCAAGUUGCGUGUGUUCAACACAACGGAGCAAGAUGAGCAGGGCUCCAAGGUGACGCACUUCUUUGAACAGACAUCCUUCCUGCACGGAGAGAUGGAAUGGCAAAAGAAGCUGCGGAGUAUGCCAGUGCUGUACUGGUUCUCUGGGAAGAUGACGUUGUGGGGGACCAUCUCCUUCAACCUAGCUGUCUUCAUCAACCUCAUCAUUGCCUUUUUCUACCCAUAUGACUCAGGAGAAGCGGGAGCCAUCGAUGACUCUCUGCUGCUGAUGUUGUUUUGGGUUCUGAUCGGGCUCUCCGUGCUGGCCUUGCUCUCCCAGCGCUAUGGCCUCCAGCCACUGACUUUGGCGCUCAUCCUGAGGUCCAUUUAUCACCUGGGUAUUGGAAACACACUGAUUCUUCUGGGCGCAUUGAAUCUGAUCAACAAGGUAGUGUUUGUAGUGAGCUUUGUAGGCAACAAUGGGACGUUCAUCAUGGGCUACAAGGCCAUGGUAAUGGACGUAGAGUUCCUGUAUCAUCUGGCGUAUGUGCUCACUUCCACACUGGGCCUCUUUGUGCAUGAACUUUUCUACAGCAUCCUGCUCUUUGACCUGAUUUACCGUGAGGAGACCUUGUUCAACGUGAUCAAAAGCGUGACACGCAACGGACGCUCCAUUUUGCUGACUGCCCUGCUCGCUCUCAUCCUUGUCUAUCUUUUCUCCAUUGUGGGCUUCCUGUGCCUCAAGGAAGACUUCAUCAUGGAGGUCGACCCACUGCCACAGAUUGCCCCAUCUCCUCAGCAAAGCGAGUCAUGUUCUGCAGAUGGCAUCCACUGUGUGGGGGAGAAUGAUGCUGCAGCUGAGAGCGAGGAUGAUGACGAAUCGAACAGCGAGCGCGCUUGCGACACUCUGCUGAUGUGCAUCGUCACUGUGUUGAAUCAUGGCCUGAGAAAUGGCGGUGGCGUGGGAGAUGUCCUUCGCCAGCCUUCCAAGAACGAGCCACUAUUCCCUGCCCGCGUGGUCUAUGACUUGCUCUUCUACUUUAUUGUGAUCAUCAUUGUCCUCAACCUUAUCUUCGGUGUCAUCAUUGACACUUUUGCUGACCUGAGGAGCGAGAAGCAGAAGAAGGAGGAGAUCCUUAAAACCACGUGCUUCAUAUGCUGUCUGGAGCGUGACAAGUUUGACAACAAGACAGUUUCAUUCGAGGAGCACAUUAAGUUUGAGCACAACAUCUGGAAUUACUUAUACUUUAUUGUUCUGGUGCGUGAGAAGAACAAGACAGACUACACAGGACCUGAGAGCUAUGUGGCCCUGAUGAUCAAGAACAACAACCUGGACUGGUUCCCCCGCAUGCAGGCCAUGUCGCUGGUUGUCACUGACAGCGAUGGCGAGCAAAACGAGAUGAGGAUGUUGCAGGACAAGCUUGGUUCCACCAUGAAAGUGGUGUUGACGCUCACCACACAGCUUACAGAGCUCAGAGAGCAGAUGACGGAGCAGAGGAAGAGGAGGCAAAGGAUGGGUUUUGUGGACGUCCAGCAGGGCAGCAAUGCUUCGCUUCCUCCCAGCGCCGCCGGAGGGAACCACCAACAGAUGUGA